CAGCCUAUUUUAAUGCAAUGGUUUCUCAAAAAUGGACAAGUGCUUAUGACUAUGCAGCAUCUUCAGGAUAUUUUUUCAAGACAAAAGAAGGACUGCCUUAUAAUUAUUCAUACCUUGCUACGUCAGAUUUCCAAGUUUCACAAGUCGAUUUUACAAACCCAAAAGCGGUAGAUUGGUACCAACAACAGCUGGAUGUUGUUAUCGAAGCUGGAUUUAAAGGUUGGAUGUACGACUUCGGUGAAUAUACUCCUCAUGAUUCAGUAUCAUACGAUGGACAUGAUGGUUUAUAUAUGCACAAUCUAUUUCCUCUCCAAUAUCAAAAAGCUUGUUUCGAUCAUCUCGUGGAUGUAUUUGGGACACCGCAUUCAGAUUACGCUCCUGACUUUGUAUUCUAUGUUCGUUCUGGUUAUCUUGGAUCACAGCGCGUAACCUGGGCGCAUUGGACCGGAGAUCCUUCUGCCGAUUGGAAUAAAGCAAGUGGACUCCCAGCACAACUUGUUGCAAUGUUGAAUAUAGGCAUAUCUGGCAUGCCAUAUUCUGGUUCUGAUAUUGGCGGAUUUGCAUGGUACGUAGACCCACCUCCGACUAUGGAACUCUGGGCAAGAUGGACCCAACUUGGAUGUUUUAGUGGUCUGAUGCAUGAACAAGGGAGUGGAACCGGUCGUGGUCCAAAGACUCAUAUAUUUGACACAGCUGAAGGAACAAGGAUUUGGCGAAAAUAUGCAAAACUUCGCACUCAAUUAUCAUUAUACAUUUACUACGCUGCUCAUCAAGCGCGCGAAAGUGGAACACCAAUAAUGCGACAUCAUAUACUAACGUAUCCUAGGGAUCCAAAAGCAAUGGAGCAAGAGUAUCAGUACAUGUUUGGUGAAGGAAUAUUAGUUGCACCAGUAAUUGAAAAAGGUGUAACCAAGUUGUCGGUGUAUCUCCCUGUAAUUGAAGACCUUUCUAACAAUUGGGUUGAGUUUUUUGCUAGUUCCAAAUAUAUUGAAAAGGAUGGUAGUUUUCGAAUUGGAUUCAAAGAAUAUUUAAAGGGUGGAACGACGGUUGAAGUGGAUGCUCCUGUUGAUAAUAUUCCGAUAUUUGUUAGGGCUGGUUAUAUUAUUAUAACGACAGAUCCAAGAGUACAAACACUGAGUCCUGCUAAAAAUUCCAGUGUGAAGACCUUUCAAUCAAUGAGUCACAUAAGACACGUCUGGGCAUGGCCAAUGAGGGAAAAUGAUUUUAUAGCGUCAGGACGUCUUCACGACGAUUCUAUGUAUAUGCUGUACUACGGAAAAAUAGACAAUUGCAUUUGUGAAUUUAUUGCGUUCAAUACACCAAAAAAUAUAACCCAUGUUGUUCAAAUUGCAGGACCUUGGAUAGUCAAGCCAAAUGGCGUCCAAACAGAAGGAGGUGAAAUAAAAUUGCCUAAAGCUUCUAGCGUUCAAGAUUUAUUAUCCAAAGUCGAUAAUUCAACGGUAUCGGAAUGGUUUUUUGACGAUGAAAUGAACACCAUGUGGAUUAAAUUGACUCCACCAUUAUUUGAUGUGUUUGUCAUGGGAUCUAUGGAUCGUGAUAUUGGGAUGAAUUAAUGACUUUAUCUAACCUAAUCUCCCAAUUUGCAGAUUUUUUUAGUAAAUUUCCUACUUUAAAUGUAUUCAGCUCUUCUGUAAAAUGGUUGAUUUGAGA